AUGAACGAUGAGAAGGUCCGCAUCUCGGGCGAGGUCCCAAGGGCAGCUGCUCCUAUACUACCUACUGUCAACCCGGAUGCAGAGAAACCACAGCUAUCAGCCUCCAGCAGCAUCCAUCCUGCUUUCUACGUCGCUGUCUGGAUCAGUUUAUCCUCUAGUGUCAUCCUGUUCAACAAGUGGAUUCUGUCCACUUUGGGAUUCCACUACCCUAUUCUUCUGACAUCAUGGCAUUUGAUCUUCGCAACCAUCAUGACCCAGAUUAUGGCCCGGACAACGAAACUCUUGGAUGGGCGAAAUACGGUCAAGAUGAAUGGGCGGGUAUACCUCCGGGCUAUCGUCCCAAUUGGAGUAUUCUUCAGUUUAAGCUUGAUCUGUGGAAACUUGACAUACCUAUACUUGAGCGUCUCGUUCAUCCAAAUGCUCAAGGCCUUUACCCCUGUCGCCGUUCUGGUCGCCGGCUGGAUUCUGCAAAUCGAAGCCGUUGAUCUCAAGAAGCUUGGUAACGUUUCCUUCAUUGUUAUCGGUGUUGCCCUGGCCUCUUUCGGAGAGAUCGACUUCGUCCUCGCCGGAUUCUUGUAUCAGGUUGGAGGAAUUGCCUUUGAGGCUGUCAGGAUCUGUAUGGUACAACGGCUGCUCAACGGCGCGGAGUUCAAGAUGGACCCCCUGGUAUCCUUGUACUACUUUGCCCCCGUGUGCGCCGUCAUGAACUUCACUGUCGCCCUUAUCUGGGAAGUGCCUCGUGUACAGAUGUCUGAGGUGUACGCUGUUGGUCUAUGGACUUUCUUCGCCAACGCAUGCUGCGCGUUCUUCUUGAACAUGUCUGUUGUGUUUUUGAUUGGCAAGACCUCCGGCCUCGUCCUUACUCUCUGUGGUGUGCUGAAGGAUAUUCUCCUUGUAGCAGCAUCUAUGCUCAUCUGGGGCACCAGAAUCUCUGGCCUCCAAGCCUUCGGAUACACCGUCGCUCUCUGCGGCAUGGUCUACUAUAAGCUGGGCCAAAAGGAGCUGAAGCCCUUCAUCGCAGAAGGAACGCGUAGAUGGGCAGAGUUUGGCGCUAGCAAGCCAAUCCUCCGCAAGCUUGUUGUCUUCUCCUGUUUCAUGACCACGUUCUUCUUCCUCCUUGGCGGCCUUGCCCCAACAUACGCACCUGAAUACGACCCGAAGAACGUUCUCGCAGCCGCGAAGAAUUCGCUCGGCAACUCGUAA